AUGAGUGGUUCUGCUUCUGAGCUGGUCCUGAGCCCCUGUGAAUGCACCCCUUGCCCUUCACGGGUCCAGAAGCGCCGCUGCUUGUCAGCUGUGGAGCCUCCCGCAGGAGGCUGGGAGGAGAUGGAAGAGGAAGAGGAGGAGGAGGAGGAAGGUCGAUUCCUGGGUGUUAACAUGCGCAGGUUGGGCAUGCUUGGGAGUUCUGGUCAUGCCUACGACUCCUUCCGGAGACACAGCUGGGAGCCAGGGAAAGUGCUUGAGGAUGACCCGGAUUUUGAUCAGCGAAGCAUGAGUAUGAAAGGACUAGCCCAUGAGGAAGUUGACUCCUCCACUGAGCAACUGGACGGACAUCCUCAGAGCCAAAGGGACCCCCGCCGAGCCCCUAUCAUCCGUAGCAACGAUGAGACGGAGUCCCUGCUCUUUCAGGAUGAAGAGGAGGAUGACCAGGAAUUCUCUCAGGAACAUUCCAAGAGGAUGCAAGCAUAUCAUGCAUCCCAGAACUCCAAUGGCAACUCUCUGUCCAAAUCUGUUUCCAUGAGUGGCAUUGACAGCUACCCAGCAGAAGCAGAUGGGAUCUCCCUUUAUGGUGACACUGUGAGCCUGUCCAAUGGCUUCGGUGCUGGAAGCUGCGGGCGGCUGGACGCCACCACGGUGGAGGCCGAAGACCAGGUGUACCUGCAGAGGGAGGGGACCACCCUGGGGCGGACCCUCAGCUUCUUAAAGAAGAUGACUGGGAAGACAAAGAACAAAGAGAAAGAAAGGAUGAAGGAGAGCAAAGAUGCCCGCUACACCAACGGGCACCUCUUCACCUCCAUCACCGUCUCAGGCAUGACCAUGUGCUAUGCCUGCAACAAGAGCAUCACUGCCAAGGAGGCACUGAUUUGUCCCACCUGCAAUGUCACCAUUCACAACCGCUGCAAAGAUACUUUGCCCAACUGCACUAAAGUCAAGCAGAAGCAGCAAAAGGCAGCCUUGCUGAAGAACAAUUCAGCCCUGCAGACGGUGUCCCUGAGGAACAAAACCACCAUCAGGGAGCGCCCCAAUUCUGCCAUCUACCCCUCUGAGAGCUUCCGCCAGACCCUGCUGGGAUCUCGCCGGGGUCGUCCCACCUUGUCUCUUUCCAAAAGCGUCUCCACCACUAACAUUGCAGGGAAUUUCAACGAUGAAUCUCCUCUGGGCCUCCGGAGGAUCCUGUCCCAGUCCACUGACUCCUUGAACAUGCGCAACCGGACCCUCUCAGUCGAGUCCCUCAUUGACGAAGGAGCCGAAGUCAUAUACAACCAGCUGAUGAGCGACUUUGAGACUGGCGAGAAGGAUUUUGAGGCUGAUUCUUGGAGCCUGGCAGUUGACAAUAACUUCUUGCAGCAGCACAAAAAGGAGGUCAUGAAGCGCCAAGAUGUCAUCUACGAGUUGAUCCAGACAGAGCUCCACCACGUGCAAACGCUGAAGAUCAUGACCAACCUCUUCCGCAAGGGCAUGCUGGAGGACCUCCAGAUGGAUGUGGCCCUGGUGCAGAGAAUGUUCCCCUGUGUGGAUGAGCUCAGCGACAUCCACGACCGCUUCCUCGUCCAGCUCCUGGAGCGCCGCAAGGAGUCCCUGGCCGCCGACAGCAACAAGAACUUCGUCAUCAACCGGCUGGGGGACAUCCUCAUCCAACAGUUUUCAGGCAGCAGCGCCGAGCAGAUGAAGAAGGCCUACUCUGAGUUCUGCAGCCGCCACACUAAGGCCGUGAAGCUUUACAAGGAGCUCUUUGCACGGGACAAGCGGUUCCAGCAGUUCAUCCGGAGGCUGACACGGUCGACGGUGCUGAGGCGGCAUGGGGUGCAAGAGUGCAUCCUUCUGGUGACCCAGCGCAUCACCAAGUACCCCGGGCUCAUUGACCGUAUCCUGCAGAACUCCAAAGGGAACGAAGCGGACCAGCGGGACCUGAGCACAGCCCUGACUCUGAUCAAGGAACUCAUUUCCACCGUCGACCAGGAAGUGCACGACUAUGAAAAGAAUGCGCGGCUGCAGGAGAUUUACGGGCGGGUAGAUGGGCGCGCCAAGGCCGACCUGCCCUGGGAGCAUGGCCCCUUCUGCAAAGAGGAGAUGCUGCGGCGCAAGCUGGUGCACGAUGGCUGCAUGCUCUGGAAGACGGCCACCGGACGCUUCAAAGAUGUCCUGGUAGUUUUGAUGACAGAUGUUCUCAUCUUCCUUCAGGAGAAGGAUCAGAAGUACACCUUCCCCACCCUGGACAAGCCUUCUGUCAUCUCCCUCCAAAGACUGAUUGUGCGAGACAUUGCCAACCAGGAGAAGGGCAUGUUCCUCCUCAGCAACACCCCGCCAGAGAUGUACGAGGUGCACACUGCCUCCCGCGACGAGCGCAACACCUGGAUGAGGCACAUCCAGCAGGCAGUCCAGCUUUGCCCCGACCGGGCCGAUUUCCCACUUGUUGAGACAGAGAACGAGGCCUCUCUGCGGAAGAUGAAAGAUAAGAUACUUCAGUGCGACCGGGAAAUCUCAGAACUCCUGGAGGAUAAAGUGAGGCUCUUCGCAGACAUCCUGGCCCUUCAGAGCUGCAGCGAAGACGGGCCCCUGAGCUGUGUGAACCCUCGCACCCUCUUCCGCACCGAGUCAUCAGACACCCCCCAGGGCGAGAAGCUGAUCCAGGAGGCCAUCAAAGAAGUGGAACUUCUCAAAGAUCUCUUCGUGGGACCCAGCUGGGACCGAGACCAGAACCAUAGCCAGGCUCCCAACGGUUGCUCCAGUCCAAACCCCAACAAUUCCACAAAUGGCGAAACCGGAACCAUCAACGGCUCUCUUGAAUUCAUCAGGCUUGAGUCUGACUCAAAUCAACGGGAUGGGAACGGCAAUCAGCUACAACAGAAAGUACCACAGGAGGAAGUGCUGCAGUGGCUCAGGACUCUGUACUCCCUUCUUCACAACCUGCAGGGCGUUGUGGCGCAUCAGGACUCCCUCCUGGAGCUCCAGCUGCAGGAGGCCGGCGAGCGGCGGGAGAGGCUGAGCCGGACCAACUCACGCAAGGAAGGCUCCUCCUCCGCUGACCGGCAGGCCACUGACCUCUCGCUGCUACAGAAGCAGCACACGCUGCUACAGGAGGAGCUGACCCGCUGCCGGCAGCUCUGCCAGGAGAAAGUGCAGGAGGCGGCUGCCCUGGAGGUCCGUCUGCGGGAGAGCGAGCAGGAGAGGGCCCGGCAGGAGCAGGAGGCGGAAGAAGCACGCAGGCAGAUGGUGGCUCUGCGGCAGCCCCUGGACGCGGCCUGGGGGCGCAAGGGGGCGGAGCCUCGGAGGCGCAGCUUGCCUGCAGGCGACGCUCUGUACCAAAGCUUCACCCCACCUCCGAGCCGAGGAAGCGACCUGCUCUCUCCUGGCAGCCACUCCCUCCACCGGACCUUCGCCGGUUGUCAGCGGGAUGACAUGGCUUACCAUGGUGCGCCUGGUAGACUCCAGGAGGGUGACCAGGACCUGGAGGUGCUCUCCAAAGAAGGAGGAGAGGUUGGCCACCCACAGUCUCCCCCUUCGAGCCCACGAGAUUUCCAGAGGAUGCAGGACAUCCCGGAGGAGGCUGAGAACACCCAGGAACUGAAUGUUGGAGACAGCGGCUCCUCGGAGAGCUAGAUGGUGUGGCAGGGUGGGGUUAUGUUGGGGUACCGCUGCCCCCAACCAAACUCCAGGUUUCCUCCAAUCAAAGCCAUGCCUGGAACUUCAGGGACUUGGAAAGACCACACCAAGCUAACUUUGGAGUGGACUGUGGGCGGGUAAGAGGGGAGGGGGUAGCGGGGAACCACGCCCUGAGAGUGGGGGGAGGCACCAGGAACUGGGUCACAGCUCCCCCCUGGGGACUGCCGCUUGAUCUGUGGCCUUGAUCAUUCCUCAUUGAUGGGCGAUGGGGCAUGGGAGGACCACCUUCUUAUUGCCCCACAGGGUGUCUUCUUCCAUUCAGAUUGAGGGGGGUGUGGCCAGGAGAU